AUGGCUGCUCUCAGGAGGAAGCUGACUGCAGUCGGAGAUGACCACUGUGGUAAGACCUGCCUCCUCUUUGCUCUGCGUCACGAACAGCUUCCCAAGUCCUAUGAGACAACUCUGUUUGAUGCUUACACCGCUGACACAGAGGUGGAUGGAAAAGAGAUGAAACUCAUCCUCUUUGAUGUGGCGGGAAAAAAGGAAGUCAGUUACCAAAAUCUCUGCUCAGUGUUCUACAAGGACACUGAUGUUGUUUUAAUGUGCUUCUCUGUGGACAGGCCUGACUCACAGCAAAACAUCCUUGAAUUUUGGGUUCCAGAAAUCAAACUGUUCUGCCCCACAGUACCUAUUAUCCUGGUGGCUACUAAGAUAGAACUAAGGGGUGAUGAAGGUAUUAAAAAGAAAUUAGCUACUGCAGGAAAGAAGCCAAUUAACACUACAGAAGGAGAAGCUUUAGCUGCCAGCACUGGGGCAUGUGCUUACCUGGAGUGUUCUGCAAAGACAAAAGAAGGUGUAGAUGCAGCCCUGGAGAUGAUUAGCCAAUGUGCAUUAAAUGAGAAAAGGAGGAGAAAGAGGCACUACAGGCCCUGCCGAAUUUUGUAA